AUGGACGACAGAGUAGUGCGGCUGGCGAAAUCUUCGGGGUGCCUCGUUCGAGUGCAGGGGCCCGAUCCCAAGGGCCGUAAGCUGCUGCGGUUCGACUUUUUCCAGUCCAGCAAUGGAACAACAGCCGUGUCAGCGUCUGGUAUCGUGCUGCCGGGGCGACUGUCUGAUCUAGGACCCCAGCUGGAUGGGCAUGUGGUGGGGGCAGGGGGACUGGUGGCAGGGGCAGAGAGCAAUGGCAGGUCCGGGUGGGAUAGGCAUGGGGAAAUGAUGGCGGAAAAGGGAGCGAUGGGAGAAGGGGAGGAGGGUAAAAUGAGUGGGUGGGAUCGGGAGGAGGGUAGCAGGUGCGGGUGGAAUGAGGAGGAGGUUACGGUACUUGUGCCUGGUCGGAUUGUUCGAUCCUUUGUCAUGCAGCAGCAACAACCGUCCAACUACCACACUUUGCAGCAGCAGCAGGCUUUCAAAUACCAAUCAGCACAGCAACGCUGGCCCUUUCAGCAGCAGCAGCGGCAGCAGCAGCAGCAGCAGCAGCAGCAGCAGCGAAACCCUUCUGCUCCCCCUCUGCUUCCUGGCACGCGCAUCAAUAUUACCUUUGAGGUGAAUCUUCCAGCCAUCACCUCGUCCUUAGCGUCUCUCCAGUCCGCUAACACCUCCCCACUCAUUCUCCCCUCCCUCUCCCCCCCCCUUCCCCUCCCCCUCACUCCCCUAUUCCUCAUCCCAAAUCCCGUUGGCCACCUCGCUCCUUGUGUCUUCCCAGCACAGCCACCACCAUCACCACAAGCAGCAGAAUCAACACCGAAUGCUCUCGAGAUAGCAGUGCUGCGUGUCAGCUCCCCAUCAACCUCCUCCGCCAAUGACACAUUGACACCUGGCAGUCCUGUCUUGUUGCUUGGUUCACCAUUUGGAGUGCUUGCACCGACCCUGUUCGCCAACAGCCUGUCAUCCAGAGUGCUCUCAGCAGUGCUGCCUGGGGGGAUCCUAGCCCUCAACCUGUGUCUCUCCCUCUCUCCCUGCCCACUCACUUUUCUCCUUCCUUAA